AAAAGAAGAGGCCGGUUGGAACUAUGCCAAAAAUAAUUUGCGAUCUUCCGUUAUACAAAUUUGACGAUACUCUGUUUUAAAACAACAAAAUAUGGAGUUCUUAAUUCUAAAUUUGUUUCUACUGGCGAUUUUCUGUCAAUUGAAUAGCGUGGUGGGAAGAUCCCGACACGAUGACCCUUACGAUAAAAGCGGAGAGGACCAGAAUGAUCUCGCCGAUCACUGCAUACAUAUUCGGAUGGAUCACGAAACCCGGCUAACAGACUAUCUGAUAUGUCCGUUCGGUUGCUGUGGAUCACUAGACGACCAGAAAUGUUGUGAUGAUCCCGAAAAAGAGAAACACGAAGAGGAAGGGAACGAGCAUCUGGUCCGUGGAUUGCUGAUAUUUGCUGCUGUGAUGCUGAUUGUCGCAUUGUCCUGUUGCGUGUUUGGUGUGUACAAACACAAGAAAGCUAAGUUGAGAAGGACGUCUCCAGAAAAGAUAUAUGCGGCACAAACGCCAGUACAGAGAACUUCCCCUUACAAGAGGCCUAUCGUCUACUACACGGCAAGAAGUGGAAUGAAACUCGACAACGACAAUACGAAGAAGACACGCCCUGAACGCAACACCCAACCAGAGAGAAGUGCAGCCAGUGCACCCACCCAUGAUACAACUGCGCCGACGGAGUAUUCAGAGAAUGCCUCCGCAGACUCGAACCUUCCGCCAUACUUGGACCAAUCACCGCCUCCCCCGUACUCGUUUGGCAAACCGCCAGUGGCACCAAACUUAAGAAACUGA